AUGUGUGAAGCAGAUCCAUUCGCAGCGACGCUGAUGUACGUUGAAAUGCCCAAGUAUUACACUUGGAAUCAAUCAACAAAGAAAUUCCAACGUCGCAAACAAGGAACCCCAGUUCCAGACUGGCCACAGGUGUUUUCAACUGAUGCACUAGGUCGUAUGUACACUGUUCAUCCUAGAAACGAUGAAUGUUUUUAUUUGCGACUGCUGUUAGUAAAUGUACGUGGACCGAAAUCAUUUGCGCAUUUGAAAACUGUGAAUGGCCACCAAUGCCAAACAUAUCGAGAAGCAUGUCAACUAUUGGGUUUGCUGGAGAACGAUUCUCAUUGGGAUUUAACACUUGCAGAUUCAGUUGUUUCAUCAAAUGCGUACCAAAUACGAACGCUGUUCGCAAUUAUCAUCACCACAUGUUUUCCUUCACAACCAAUUCAGUUAUGGAACAAAUACAAAGACGCCAUAUGUGAAGAUAUCUUGCAUCGCUUGCGUAUUCAAACGAAUAAUCCUGACAUCCAAAUAACCGAUGAAAUCUACAAUGAAGGAUUGAUUCUGAUUGAGGAUCAAUGCUUGACUAUUGCAAACAAGCUACUGAUUUAG